ACUAAAAUACAAAACGAAAAUACCCACAUGUGUGAUUGAAAAAAAGAAAGAAAGAUGGAAACUAACGAUUCAAACAAAAAACGUUUAGAAGUAGUAGAUUCAUCUGGAUCAUUAGACGAAACAUGUAAGACAUUUGUUUUCCAUAACGAGGACCACACAUUAGGAAAUUCCCUGCGUUACAUGAUCAUGAAAAACCCGGAAGUCCAGUUCUGUGGAUACAGCGUGCCUCAUCCUUCAGAAAACAAAAUCAACUUCAGAAUACAAACACAUGGCGAGGAGGCGACAGAAGUAUUGAAGAAAGGGCUUAAAGACCUUAACAGUGUCUGUGAACAUGUACUGCAGACUUUUCAGAGUAGUGUUCAGGAUUAUAAGCGACGGAAUUUCUCAUCGGAUGUUGAAAUGGGGGAUGUACAAAGUUAACUGACAAAUGUUUCCGAAUUUCUGUUUGCUCCAUCCAUAUUUGGCGUUUUAAGAUAAUAUUACAUUCAUUACAAUAUUAUCAUUGGUACUAUAAAGCCUUUUGUAUUUAAUUCUUUUUAAAGUCUGUUAACUAUUAUGGGAUCAUAUAUGGAUUUUUUCAUUACAAAAUGCAGCUGCUUUGUCAAUGGUUUUAUUACAAUGGAUCAGUGGGAUAAUUAAACAGAUAUUCCUUAUAAAA